GAGGUUGUUAGCGAUAGAACGUUGUCUUGACAUUGAGUUUAGAGCUAGCAACGUUAGGCCUAUUUCUAUACGGUCUAUGGUUAAGCCGACCAAAUUUUUCUGUCAAAUGGUUGGGUAGCCAUCGUCCGCAAUAUCCAAGAGAAAUGCGUUGUGUUACUGUGAUGUAACGACAACUAGUUAGUUAAUUACUGUAACGUUAGUUGAUUACCAAAAAGGCAGCACUGUACAACCCAUCCAGUUUAGCUAUCGAUACCUACCAUUUAUUAUUUUCGAAGGGCACAUUUUAAACAAUGGCUGUCCAGAUAUCGGAAUCGGAUCAGAUUAAGCAGUUCAAAGAAUUCUUGGGGACUUACAACAAAUUGACAGAAAACUGCUUCAUGGACUGUGUGAAAGAUUUCACCACCAGAGAAGUCAAACCAGAGGAGACGACCUGUUCAGAAAGCUGUCUACAGAAGUACCUAAAGAUGACCCAGCGGAUCUCCAUGCGCUUUCAGGAGUAUCAUAUACAGCAGAACGAAGCCCUGGCCGCCAAGGCUGGUUUACUGGCACAGCCCCGCUAGGAAACGGGAGUGGGCGGAGACACGCCUGCAGUCAGACCAUGCCGCUGCUCCCCACAAACUGCAGACUUGACCUGAGUAGAAUGGGGAGGGGGAGCAAGCCUACCUCAAAACCCCAAGCCAACAGUGAAAGGGCAGCCUGUGUGGUCAGACGUGAAUACCCCUCUGGGGGCGAUGACCCUCGAGACAGCUUGGUCCCAGUGGAAAACAUCAAGACGAAUCCCACUGCCGGCUAAGUUGAACUGUUUACUCGUGUGGACCACAUUCUUUUCUUUUAGUACUUGUGAAAUUCAAUAAAAUAUUAAAUUAGCAUCAUCAUAUAAUGAAGGUA